CAUCUGGUAACACUGGCAUUCAGCAGAGCAGUGAAAACGACGUUAAUAUUUCUGAUCAAUUAAACAAUUGGAAAAUCCGGCCGCAGAUCGCGAUCUAAACGUACCGCCCUCGCCACGCCCACUGCCGCCCACGCCCCCUGGCGCGGGGUCACAUCGAUAGAGAGCUUUGCGUGUGUGUGUGCGUGCGUGUAUGUGUCGGUCGAGAGGAGAGGAGGAAGACGAAGAAGAGUAAAAAAAAACAGGCAGCGAAAAGCGAUAAGAAACGGAACACAACACACUGGAAAAAAUUGCGAUAAGAAACGGGGCGGAGCGGAGCGGAAAUUGCAAAGACUUUGGGAUGGAUUAGCGGCACAGCCGGACUCUAAGGUUAGCCAACAGUAGGAUUAGGACCAGGAACAGCCAUGUCCUCCGCCGUUAACAUCCAGAUCGUCUCCAUGCCGAAUCUGGCCAAGAUCGAGAGCUUCCUGAAGGAUGUCAGCUACCGGGAGACGAUCGAGUACAGUGCCAACUUCAACACGCGCUUGUGCAGCGAACGGCGCCACCGGCUGCCAUUCCUCGAUCCGCAGACAGGAGUCGCCCAGAACCACUCGCAGCUCUUCCUGGACAAGCGACAGCGGAUGCCCGGCUUCAGGCAGGGCCAGAUCUACACGUAUCCGGCGGCCCGCUGGCGGAAGAGCCGUCGUCAGUACUUGAGCAAGAUGUACAGCCGCUUUCCCGAGCGUCCCUUCCAGGCGCUACGCAAGGAGCACGAAGCUCUGGUGGCCAGCGGCGUCAAUCUGGGACUGAGCAGCCUGACCAGCGGUGUGGGCCCCAUGCCCGGCAGCAAUAGCCUGGCCAGCAGCUCCUCCCUAACGCUCAAUAUGCUUACGGGCGGCGGAGCCGCGCCGGCCGUACUUGGUUCCCUGCACAGCGACACUGCCCACGAUUUUAAUGGAGCCUUCAGUCUGGAGGAGUCCAGCUCACUGGGAGCCGCCGGCGGUGAUACAUCCGACAGCAAGGACAGUCAACAGCAACAACAUCAGCAGCACCAGCACCAGCAGCAGGCCGUCAAGGAGGAGCAUUUGCCCAAGGAGUGGUUCUACGAUGACAUGGACAUGAACGAUGUGGAUUCACUGGAGGAGCCCAAGUCGCCGGCGGAUGAUGAGUACGAUUAUGAUCCGCGCUAUGGUAACAAAAAGAGGCGCAAGCGGCGCCCAGGCAAGCGAGGUGGAGAUUCCGGUGGCGGUGGUGGUGGAGGAGGCGCCGCCGGUGGCGGCAAUUCCGGCGGUAGCUCCAGCUCGCGGAGACGCAGUGCAGCGGCCAGGUCGCGUAUCACAACGACGGAUGCGGCGCUGGACGCCUCGCUGGAGGCUAUCGAAUCUGGCGAGAGUGUGCCAGGCAGCAAUGGAGGACCAAUCUCCAGCGGAGGCAUCCUAAGCGGCAGCCUGGGAGCAGGCUUGGCGGGAGUUUCGGGAUCCGUCGGCGGCGGAGGAGCGUCGGGAGCUUCGGCCAACAGCCGCAGAUCGCGGGGAGCGGGAACACGUGGCAGGCGACGAGCCAAGGGGCCAAACAGCGCCGUUGGAGCGUCAUGCGAUCCGACAAGUCCCGGCAUGGUCAUCGAGCCACCAUCCUUCGAGAGUGCCGCUGCUGCGGUGGGCGUGGUCGAGGACGCGAACGCCCAUCUGCGCAACUAUCGGAAGUAUCUGUAACCGCUCUAUCAGCAACUAACUGGACGUGUAAUCAAUCAAAGCCUUGUUUUUCGCAGUGUUUUCUCGCCUAUUGAAUCGACCUACUUUUCGCACAUAAUUUAAAUAUAGAUUUUAAGCCUUAGUUGAUCACUGUUUGUUGUGCUCCCCUCCGACAUAAGGAUAUAGCCAAGCAUGAAAUGAAA